GAGUUAUCAUUGGAGCUCGGGUCUUUGCAGAUAUUUUGCUGUCGUUGCAUAGGGGGGAUGUUCACAUCUCCAAUGCUCUGAAAGCUCUUCGCUGGGCGGCUAAAGCCUUGCGCCUUCGUCUUCCGGACCUUUACGGUGGUCUUCUGCUGGGUGUUGAAUCUAGAGUUCUUUCGGAUCGCAAGGAGGCUUUGCCACUCCCGAUUUUUGUUCUGGCAGCUUGGGAACGCUUCCUUUUAAGUGAGGAGGGGGAGCCCGGUUUUCGACUGUUCAUCGGGGGACUCUUGAUUGCGGCGAACGCCAGUCUGCGCUUCAGUGACUGUCAGCAUGUCUUAUGGUCAUCGCUGCAGGCCGGCAGGGACUGUCUCAGGGCCAUCUCUUAUCGCACCAAGUCUUCUCGGCGAGGCAUGCCAUUUGGGCUGGUCUCUUGCGGAUUCUACGGGGACACCGCUGCAUACUAUCACUCCUGGGUUUGCAAAUAUUUGUUUCUUCUGGGGUGCGAAUGGGAUCACAUCACGGAGCGUUUUGGGGAGACGGUCCCUGAUGCUCUCUUCUUUUUGUCAGACGAGAUGGAGUGGAGACCGAUGUCAUACGCCCAGGCGUUAUCGGCCUUCCGAGGUGCAUUAGUGGCGGCGGGGCUCUCGCCGCACGAGGCUGGCAAUUACACUUUGCAUUCAUUGAAGACAACAUUAUUGGCCUCGCUGGCUCAACUUCAGGUUUCUUUCAAGAAACGGGGCCUACAAGGAGGUGGAGCCAGCUGGGGAUUCAGACGUGGAUUCAUCUUCUUCGUCUACGUCCUCGUCAUCACCAUCGACCCAGCAGCCGCGUUCUUGGACAAAGGUUUUAGCACAUGGCGACAGAAGAAUCUUGUCCCCUGGACGCGGAUUUGGUAUCGUUGGCGAAUGAGUGUCGAGUCCCACAGGAGUAUCAUGAGAUAUUCCAGGGCUUUGAUGCCCCUUUUUGGAUGCAUAGUUUCCGAAGCAUCCCAGCUGGAUGCGGCGUUGAGUCAACUGCUGGAGAAUUCAGAGGAACCAGAGUCGGCGGCUGGCAAACUUCGUUUGCUCUCUUCCUUGCGACUUCUUUUUGAGUCAUGCAAGAAGCAAUCCUCGGCAGUUCCAUCAAACAAACGGCAAGAAUCCUCGGAGGAGGCCCGGUCUUCUGCAGCAGGCUGGACUGAGCAGUUCCCGCCUAAACUUUCGGGAGAGAAGGUUAUUUCUCUUCAGAAGGCUUUUCACUCCCGUUAUCCAGGGGAGGUGCUAGACCCGGAGAACUUUUUCUCGUCAAGAUUACUUGCCUAUGCGGCUAAGAUCGUUCAGAAGGGGGAGCUCAAGUGGGUGCCGUGGCAGAUAAGAAUGUGUCAGUCUCAGCAAGAUUCUAUGGCUCUUCGCCGCCCCACAAAAACCCCGAAGCUGGAGGAUCUCCUGUAUGACGAGGUACCACAACGCGAGAUUCCCACGGGUCAGGUUGGGGCCAACUACCUUUCAGGUAUCAUGGGGCUUCUUUCGACUUCCCUGGCAAUGCUCAACGGGGCCCACUUGUCAGUUCUUCGAAAGUUUGGGCACAAAUUCAUCCGCCUUGCUACCCAGAAGAUGGAGACUGGGCUACGCAACCCUUCCGGGGAGGAGAUCAUGAUGGCGGACAGGCAAUUGUGGUCACAGAUCAGUGACCUGGUGAACUUGCACAACUGGUCGCUGGAUGAUGCGCUGACGGAGUUCACUGAGGUUCGCGGGGACAUGGCUUCCCUUCUGCAGCCCCGGAUGGCUCCCCCCAGGCGCCCGGAUCCCCCAGCGCCCCAUCUUCGUACUGGCCGGGGCGGCAAGGGCAAGCAUAAGGGUGGCGGGAAAGGGAAGCAUUCUUCCGGCGGUCAGGGCAACCAGUCUUCGACAGGUGGAGCCAAGUGGGUGACGAAGUUUGAAGACAAGGGCAAAACGCGUUUCCUCUGCCGGGAUUUUUCGUCACAGAAGGGAUGCUCCUUUCCGGAUGUUCGAACAUUUGUGGUCGCCUUUGGGUACAACUCCCGGCAGAGAGUCUCCCGAAUCUCGAUCGCGCGCUCUGGUUUUGCUUUUGAUGGACGCCUUCCACACUGCUCGGAGCCAUGGUCAGGGGAUCGCUGGGUGAUCACGGCCUACACCUCAGCUACCUGGCAAUCACUGUCGGAGGUCGAGUGGACGCGGCUGGCUGAUCUUCAUUUUCCAAUGCCGGCCAAUGCGGGGACACAGCACAAUCAAGUUUUGGGGCCGGCUCCUGCUUUGCCGAGCCCUCCAGAGAUUUUGGAUCUACAGCAGGUUCAGGGCAAUCUCUUCGUGGAGCUUUUUUCGGGGUCAUCUCGGCCUUUGUCUGCGGCCUUUUUGCAAGCUGGCAUAUCGGUGAUGUCUUUAGACAUCCUUCGCAGCGCUGCGCAUGACUUGACGAAGGACUCAGUCUUCGAGCUUCUCCUUCGCCUGGCUUUUUCGGGUGCGAUAUCUCUCUUGCAUGCAAGUCCUCCCUGCAGAGACUACUCGAGGUGCAAGUUGCGCAAAGGCCCGGGCCCCAAACCACUGCGCACACCAUCUCACAUGGAUGGAGUACCGGGCUUAUCUUCUGCUGACAAGGCUCGCUUGGAACUGAGCACACAACUCAUGUCACGCGCAGUGGAACUAGCCCAUGCCACUUUCAGGGCCGGCGGCCACUACACUUUUGAGAAUCCUGCCAACUCGAUGAUCUGGGACGAGCCUGCGGUUCGUCUGCUCCUUCAGAAGAGCAAUGCCGAUGUUAUCAUUGUCUCUGCUUGUUCAUACGGUUGGGAUAUUUACAAGCGCUGGGCUUUUGCAUCUACUUUCCGGGACAUGCAGCAGCUGGCCGCCGACUGUCGCCACCCGGACGGUUCUCAUGCCCAGGUGGCUGGGAUCCUGGAUUCCUCAGGAGGCUUCAUUUCUCAACAGACUUCGGAAUUUCCGGAGCUCUUGGCAUCCAAGUACGUGUCCUCAGCUCUCCCACUUUUUCGAAAGUCCGAGACACCGGUGGAUGUAGCUCUGGACCAACUCUUGCAAUUAUUACCGACCAAAGGUCAAUUUGAUCCCCCGUUUGCACAUCAAGAUGGGGCUGGCAUCUUUUCGGUCCCGGACUGGUCGUUCCCUCCUUCGGGUUCCGUGGACAAACUGUGUCAGGUCCGGCAGGUUCUUAUGUCCAAACUCUUUGCGAUGAAGGCUCCUCUUCGGCUUCGUGAGCAUGUGGCUUCCAAGGCCGAGCAGCCCCUUUUCUCGGAUCAGGAGGUUGCAGAGUUCCGGGAGGUUUUUCAAGAAUUCUUGGAGGCAUCUUCCGGCCAAAAGGUGGACUGGUCAGUGAAACCUCACCAACCAUAUGCUCUUCAGGCUCUGCGUCAGCUUUCGGAAGUUCUGAAGCCUGUUCCCAAUUAA